AACAGUCGUAACAACAAACUAAAGACUUCAAAUAAAAACAUUCAAUUAAAAACACAACAUGUCCAGCAGCAUCGCACGAAACAGUUACAAGCUCUUCAUUGGCAAUCUGCCUUGGACGAUUAGCAGCAAGGAACUGAAAACGUACUUCUCCCGCUUCGGUCAUGUGGCGAAUGCAGAGGUUGUCUUCGAUAAGCAGUCUGGACUCUCCAAAUACUAUGGAUUUAUAGCAUUUAGCCAACGUGAUGCCUUCAAUGGCGCCUGCAACCAGGAGACACAUUUUCUAGAGGGUCGCGUACUCAAUGUGCAGCGUGCUAAUGAAUAACCAGAAAAUACAACUUUAUUGU